AUGGUUUUUCUCACUUCUGUGAAGAACGACGACCAGGUCUUCGACCCCAAGUCCCAUUCCAUUGAUUCCAUCCCUGCCCCUCAGCCCGACGAGGAUGACUUCUACACAAAUGUCUACGGUAGCCAUUUCGCUGCCGACCACCUGCCUCAGCAUGAGAUGGCGGAGCAAGAGAUGCCUCGCCAGGUUGCAGCUCGUAUGAUCAAGGACGAGCUCAGCUUGGAUGGCAACCCCAAGCUCAACUUGGCCAGUUUCGUCACCACCUACAUGGAAGAUGAGAUCGAGCAAAUCAUGACCGAGGCCUUUAGCAAGAACUUCAUCGACUACGAGGAGUAUCCGCACUCUGCGGAAAUCCAGAACCGCUGUGUCAACAUGAUUGCCCGUCUUUUCAACUGCCCGACCGAUGCCCGGGAUGAGAAUGCCAUGGGAACCUCGACCAUUGGCUCCUCCGAGGCGAUCAUGCUUGGCACUCUGGCCAUGAAGAAGCGCUGGCAGAACAAGCGCAAGGCCGAGGGCAAGGACUACUCCCGCCCUAACAUUGUCAUGAACAGCGCCGUUCAGGUCUGCUGGGAGAAGGCCGCCCGCUACUUCGAUGUCGAGGAGAGAUAUGUUUACUGUACCGAGGAGCGCUACGUCAUCGACCCCAAGGAGGCCGUCGACCUCGUAGACGAGAACACCAUCGGUAUCUGCGCUAUUCUUGGUACCACCUACACUGGUGAGUACGAGGAUGUCAAGGGAAUCAACGAUCUCCUGGUCGAGCGCGGUAUCGACUGCCCGAUUCACGUUGACGCCGCUAGUGGUGGCUUCGUCGCUCCCUUCACCGUGCCCGAUCUGGAGUGGGAUUUCCGCCUUGAAAAGGUGGUGUCCAUCAAUGUCUCCGGCCACAAGUACGGUCUGGUCUACCCCGGUGUGGGCUGGGUGCUCUGGCGAUCCCCCGAGUUCCUGCCCAAGGAGCUGGUGUUUAACAUCAACUACCUGGGUGCCGACCAGGCCAGUUUCACCCUGAACUUCUCCAAGGGUGCCUCACAGAUCAUUGGACAGUACUACCAGAUGAUCCGCCUGGGCAAGCAUGGCUACCGCUCGAUCAUGGUCAACCUUACGCGCACUGCAGACUACAUGGCCGACCAGCUGACGGAGAUGGGUAUGAUCAUCAUGAGCCAGGGUCGCGGCAAUGGUCUGCCCCUGGUGGCCUUCCGCCUGCCGCCAAACCCGGAGCGCGUGUACGAUGAGUUUGCGCUGGCGCACCAGCUGCGCGAGCGUGGUUGGAUUGUUCCCGCGUACACGAUGGCCCCGAACAGCAACAAGCUGCAGCUGAUGCGUAUUGUUGUCCGCGAGGAUUUCAGCAUGAACCGCUGCGACAGUCUCAUUAUCGAUAUAAAGCUGGCUCUGCAGACGCUCGAGUCUAUGGACCAGUCCAUGAUGGCCAAGUACAAGACGCACAUGGUUGCCCACCGUGCUCACCCACACCGCAAGGGCCACUCCCACGCCGGCUACCACCAUGAGAGGCACUCGCUGCAGGGCAAGAGCGGCAAGUCGCACGGCGUCUGCUAA